UUAGGCACGGACGGACGGAAGUUCUGAUGUUAAAUCAGCGGUUGACCAUUUUGUGUAUCUUGUAUCCAGAAGGUCUUUGCCAGCUGUAAAAAUGGAGAGCGACACAGCGGUCAGGAGAAACAGAGGGUAUAGGGCUGCGAAUAACCCUUCGGACCGGGACGAGGACAGCGGGUUCAAGAGCGCGGGUGCUGACCAAAAGACCGCCAGCAGUGGCUCAGAUGAUACAAAAAAGAAACCCGUUUUUGGUCUGUGUUUGCUGGAGGAGAGCAAUGGGGUUGUCUUGCUUGUUUUCUUCCUGCUUGCAUUAUGGGGACUAGUCCAUUUAUCACUGCGGCAGCUGGUCGUCGGAGCAUCUACCGGCGAAUUUAACGCAGUCAGGGCUAGGAAGCAUCUUGAACACAUCACAGCAUUUGGUCCCAGACCUGUGGGAAGUCCAGAAAAUGAAAUUUUGACUGUUAACUACCUUCUGGAGGAAAUUGAGAAAAUUAAAGCAGGAAGCAACAAAGCUCACACCAUUUCAGUAGAUGUCCAAAAACCUACAGGAUCUUUUACCAUUGACUUUCUAGGGGGUUUCACCAGUUACUAUGAUAGAGUCUCCAAUGUGGUUGUCAAGCUGGAGCCAAAGAGAGGGGCCAAACACGCGAUGCUUGCCAACUGUCACUUUGACUCUGUGGCAAACAGCCCAGGUGCCAGUGAUGAUGCUGUCAGCUGCUCUGUCUUGCUGGAAGCACUUCAUUCGAUGUCCAAUUUAUCAACUCCACUACGGCAUGCUAUUAUUUUCCUUUUUAAUGGAGCAGAAGAGAAUGUCUUGCAGGCGAGUCACGGUUUUAUCACACAGCACCCCUGGGCAAAGCUAGUUCGUGCGUUCAUCAACCUGGAAGCCGCUGGAGUGGGAGGGAAGGAGAUUGUUUUCCAAACAGGUCCAGAAAACCCAUGGCUAAUGCAGGCGUAUGUCCGCGCAGUGACGCAUCCAUUCGCGUCUGUGGUUGGCCAAGAAGUGUUUCAGAGCGGUGUCAUCCCGUCAGACACUGACUUUCGCAUUUACAGGGACUUUGGCCAUAUUCCAGGUAUAGACUUGGCUUUCAUUGAAAAUGGCUACCUUUACCACACCAAGUAUGACACGGCGGACAGGAUUUUAACAGACACCAUACAAAGAGCAGGUGACAAUAUUCUAGCUGUUCUAAAGCUUCUUGCCUCGUCAGAGGAGCUGGCAAACUCAUCAGAGUAUCGGCAUGGCAACAUGGUGUUCUUUGAUGUGCUGGGAGUGUUUAUGGUGGCCUAUCCAGCCCGGGUCGGUACCAUUAUCAAUUAUAUGGUCACUGUUGCUACUCUCAUCUAUCUGGGAAAGAAAUGUUCCCUUCCUAACAACGUUGGUUUCAUGUACAUGAGAAGCCUGGCGUGUGCCAUUGGUGUCACACUGAUGAGCUGGUUCAUCGCCUUUGUGUCUGUCCUCAUUAUAGCUGGGUUAAUUUCUCUCACUGGACAGUCCAUGUUCUGGUACACCCAUUACUAUGUGUCAGUCUGCCUCUAUGGAACUGCAGGCAUAGCCAUGCUAAUGCUCAUUCAUACAUUAGCAAAGAAUCACUAUUGUGGAAACAUGAACCAGCUCCAGGUGGGAGAGAUAUACUUUGACGUCACACUGACGCUUUGGUGCUGUGCACUGGUCUACCUCACCCAGCAAGGGCUCUGCUCGGCCUAUGUCCCCAUGAUCACAGUGGUCUUCCCUCUGAUCACAAAGCUGCUGCUCCGCCAGGAACUCAAGCAAAGAGGAGCCACAUUCAAGUACACCUCUCUGUACCUGCUGGGGCUGUCUCUGCCCUACGUACACUUCAUGUUUCUCAUGUGGGUGGUGUUUGAGAUCUUCACUCCAAUUCUGGGGCGCAGUGGCACAGAGAUUCCUCCAGAUGUGGUUCUGGCUUCCAUUACUACAGUAUGCGUCAUUAUUCUGUCCUCCUACUUUAUACACUUCAUUUACCUUUCCAAAAGCAUGAAGCGGACACUAGUGGUGCUGGCUUCCAUUUUUGGUGUGGUGGCAGUGCUGGUCUCCUCCGGCGUGUUCUUCCCGUACAGCUGCAAUUCAGCUAGACCACGGCCCAAACGCAUCUUCCUGCAGCACACCACCAGGACCUUCCAUGGCCUCAAUGGAGAAGUCAUCAAGAAGGACUCUGGGAUCUGGAUCAAUGGGUUUGACUACACCGGAAUGAAAUAUGUGACUCCCCACAUCCCUGAAAUAAAUGACACCAUUCGAGCCCCAUGUGACAAACAGGUUCCUUUCUGUGGCUUUCCCUGGUUCCUGCCUGUUGAGUUUCUUGUUAAGAAGAAUUGGUACCUGCCUGCCCCAGAGGUGUUUCCAAAGACCCCUUUUGAGUUUGCACUGCUGUCAAAGCAACAAACAGACUGGAGGACCACCAAGCUAUCAUUUGAAGUUAAAGGUCCCAGCCACAUGUCUCUGUAUCUUCUGCCCCACCGUGGAGCAGCGCUCACCAGCUGGUCCUUCGGUGAUGGCACUCCGCAGUUUGACAUCGGUGGGGAGUAUUUCAUUUUCUACUCCCAUGGGCUGGACGCCCCAGCCUGGCGCUUCUGGUUCGAAGUUCAGGCCCCUAAGUCCAACUCAGGGGAAGAGAUGAUCUCUGUUGGCAUUGCGUCUCACUACUUCUUUGGCGAGGAUCAGGAGACUCCUCCGCUGAUGGAGCUACUCCACAGGUUUCCGGACUGGUCCUUCCCUUCCCACUGGGUCAGCACUUACAACCUCUACCAAUACUAGGGUCAAGACCACACCUACCGACUCAGACAGACUGAAAUGCAACAAUUCUACAUUUUUUGAUUAUUUUGUUUUUACUUCAUUAACCCCCAAACGUAGUUGGCUAUUUACUAAAGACUGUAAAAUGUUGUACUAAAACAGUUAUGUGUUAGUUUUAGGAUUGUUUUUUCUCUCUGUCCCCACCUUAAUUUUUCUUUUACAGCAUGUUCUCUAAUUAGUGGAUUAGAAAUGGAUGUGAUGCCAUUCUUGCCUUUUUUGACAGCUGCUAUGAUAUCAAAUUGCAAAAUAUUUUUUGGGAGACUACAUGUAAUGAGAUCUGGCAGUCUCAAUCCAGUUCCAGAUGAAAACGCUGCAUACAGUAAUCUAAUUGAGUUGCUGGCAGCUGCAGGAAGGCUGUUUAAUGAGCAUAGCCUGUACUAUUGUGAGACACAUAGACAGUAUCAUACCUGUGGAUGAAAAAGGACUUCAGUCGCUAGAGCUUUUCGUACAUAAACUUUGCAAAGCACUAAAUUCUGUUAGUUUAGAUAGGUUGUGUUCAUACAAGAAAGUACAGAAUUUUUCCAGGGCUGAUAUAUUUUACAAGAUUGAAACAAGUAAAAGCCAUAAUUUUUUGCUCAGUCACCAUUUAAGAGUUUUAUAAAAACUGUUUUGUUUAUGUUUGUGUCUUUGAGAAGUGUAGUUCAGGGGACUCUACGGUCUUAUUAAUUUAGACACGUGGCCAUGGAAAUGUCUCUAAUAGUCAAUACCUAAAGUUCUUGUUUUAAAAAAAUAGAAAUGCUUUUAUUUUUUUAUUUUGUAAAUUUGUAAAAGUAAUGGGCAAAGGAGCGUGGUACAGGAAACAUUAUAGUUUAAUGGUUCCUGUUUUGGGAGGGUUGUGUUAUGCUGUUGGACUGGAACAAACUGACAUAACUAAUAAAACAAAUUUUUAUUGUCAGAUAGCAACCGUAUCAUACUGACUUUCAGUAUGUCUGUUGGGGACUUGAGCCUGAAAACAGUUCCUGAUGUUAAGAUUUCUUCAGUGCAAAAUUUUUGCUUAUAGUGCAAGGUUAAUAACUCUUAGCUGCCAAACUGUAUGGAGUGAAUUCACAAAACACUUUACUGCAAAGUGCCAUUAGCACCAACAGAAACACUUAGAAAAAACUAAUUUAAGAGUACCUCGAACUCCUUGGAUUACAUGUUUUUGGUUGUUUUUGUCAAAUUUUAUAACUUUUAUGGGUGGUUUUCUGGUUUAAAAAGCUGCACAAAUAAUACUUUGGAGUAUGGCUUUGUGAGUUUCCACCCCAUAGUCUUGAAUAAUGACAUUAGUUCAGAUUCUGGUUCUUGUGAAAAACUACAAAAGACGGGAGCAAGUCUAGAGUAAAAUCAUGAUAUUUUUAUUAUUUUGACCCCAACACUUAAAAUAAUAAGACAUAUUGCCGAUAUUUUGGCUGGGAGGAAAUUGUGGAAUUGCUCUAAAGCCAAGUUUAGCCUGCUAGUUUGUGGUUAGAGAGCUGUUUCCAUAUCUAUAGAAAAUGGAAUACUGCCCACAAAUAAGUUUAACUUUCUAAAUCCGUUUUUAGUCCAAUGUACACUACCAUAUAUGUAACACCAUUGCUGGUGAUAACAGAAAAGCUUUAAAGUGCAUAUCACAUUAGUUUCCAUCCAGUAUUUGCAUUCCAGGAAUGAAUGAACCCACAUAGACUGUUUAAGUAGUAAGAGAGGCAAAGCUGAGUAAUUCUAAAUCCUAAAAACAAAACAAAAAGCUGUUUGAUUUAUUGUGUUUUUAUUCAUUUAAAAGUAGUCACUGUGGUUUUAUUAAAUCAAAGAAUGAAGGAAUUGUAGACUUAUUGGUCCAUGGCUAAAAUGAAUAUUCUUAAACUCCUACAUGGAUACUUAAGAUGAUGAUUAAACAAGACAAGCCGACAAAAAAAAAAAAAA